UAUAAAACCCGCGAAUCCGCGAUAGCAGCAGGAGCAGAAGAGCGGCCAUGAGGACGAACACCACCGCCACCGUGCUCCUCGCCGCGGCCGUGGCGCUGCUGCUCGCCACGGCGGCGCGCGGCGACGGCGGCGACGGCGGGUGCGGGAAGGAGGAUGCGGCGGCGGGGCGGGACCGGGCGCGGGCGAGGGGGCUCAAGAUCGCGGCCUUCUUCUCCAUCCUGGUGUGCGGCGCGCUGGGGUGCGGCCUCCCCUCGCUGGGGCGCCACGUCCCUGCGCUGCGCCCCGACGGCGACGUGUUCUUCCUCGUCAAGGCGUUCGCGGCGGGCGUCAUCCUCGCCACGGGGUUCAUCCACAUCCUCCCCGACGCGUUCGACAACCUCACCGACGACUGCCUCCCCGCCGGCGGGCCGUGGAAGGAGUUCCCCUUCGCCGGCUUCGGCGCCAUGGUCGGCGCCAUCGGCACGCUCGUCGUCGACACCCUCGCCACCGGCUACUUCACGCGUGCGCUGUCCAAGAAGGACGCCGCCACCGCCGCCGCCGUCGCGGACGAGGAGAAGCAGAGCGCCGCCGCGACGCAGCAGCACAACCACCACCACAAUCACCACGUCGUCGGCGAUGGCGGCGGCGGCGGCGAGGAGCACGAGGGACAGGUGCACGUGCACACCCACGCGACGCACGGCCACGCGCACGGCUCGUCGGCGCUCGUCGCGGCCGUCGGCGAGGACGACAAGGAGACAACUCUCCGGCAUCGUGUCAUCUCUCAGGUUCUAGAGCUAGGGAUCGUGGUGCACUCGGUGAUCAUUGGCAUCUCCCUCGGCGCGUCACAGAAUCCGGAAACCAUCAAGCCGCUGGUGGUCGCCCUCAGCUUCCACCAAAUGUUCGAGGGCAUGGGACUCGGUGGCUGCAUCGUGCAGGCGAAGUUCAAGGUGAGGUCGAUCGUGACGAUGGUCCUCUUCUUCUGCCUGACGACGCCGGUGGGGAUCGCCGUCGGCGUGGGCAUCUCGUCGGUGUACAACGAGAGCAGCCCGACGGCGCUGGUGGUGGAGGGCAUCCUCAACUCCGUCGCGGCGGGGAUCCUCAUCUACAUGGCCCUCGUCGACCUCCUCGCCGAGGACUUCAUGAACCCCAGGGUGCAGAGCAAAGGCAAGCUCCAGCUCGGCAUCAACCUCGCCAUGCUCGCCGGCGCCGGCCUCAUGUCCAUGCUCGCCAAAUGGGCCUAGACAAGCGUCACUCAGGGACUAAUGUAGAGGAAAUUAAAUUAUAGGUCGAGAAGAAAAAAUGGAAGUGAAUGUACUCGCCGUCGCAAUUUUGUAGUAUUUGUAGCAUUCUAAUUGAACUUAUAUAUUGUUAAUGUGUAGAGGUGUGUGUAGUUUUUUUUUUCUUUUUUUGUUGUUGUGUGACUAAAACUGGGGGUACUGAUUGUGAUCGAGGGUGCACCUGCCUACCUUUGUGGGUUUGAAACGAGAUAGCAGACUCUGUUGAAUCUGGAA